GAAAGAACCCCCUCUGUCUCUCUCUCUCUACUCUUUCUCUCUCUAAAUCUCUCUCUGCUCGUCCACUCACUCACUCGUUCCCCCAUUGAAUUGAAACCCAAAUCUCUCUCUCUAACUCGCUCGCAAACUCACCAUAUUAUCAAAUUUUAAUCACUCACCCAAAAAAAAACCCUCAAAUUUACCCGCCAAAAAAGCUUUAUUCUUUCUCGGUUUCUCCCUCACAAAAUUUUCGCCCUUUCAAAUCCCCCAACCCGCCCAACGGCUAAGCCUUUCCGUCCCUCUGGCCUCUCUAGGGUUUCUCUCUCGCCUUCUGUCUCUCUUUGAGCUCCCUUUCCUCUGCGCCUAAAACGGCGUCGUCUAGGGGCUCCCCUCUCCCAGCGCCUUAAUUAUGGAUCCACCCCUGAACGCCGAGCCCACUCAGCCGCCCCCGCCGGAGGUCUCAAUUGGGGAAAAGAGGCCGAUUGAGAAUGGAGGACAAGGAGAAUUGGGGACCCAGUUGAACAAGAAGCCCAGAUUGGGACCCAAUUCGGAGAAGGAUCUGAGGAGAGUGGCGGAGAUUGUGCUGGCCUUGUCAACCAUGGCCAAGAUUCGAGGGGGGAAGAAGCCCACGGAGCCGGAGAUUGGGCUUAUGGGGGAAGCUAGGUCGAAGCUGGUGGAGCUGUGUGAAGGUUUGGCGCCUAAGGAUAUAGUGGGCAGGGAUGCAAUUGGCGCUGUGAUUGAGGAUUUGGGGCUUAAUGCUAAGCUUAAGGAGCAGAGAUUAGGGUUCCGGGGUCCCAAGUUGACGAUUGCCGAGAAGUUUUCGCAGACGAAGAGGAAGAUGGAAGAAUCCAAGAAAUUCUCUGCACAAGCUCAACCUGCUGCACAUCCAUCUCUCCCAUUAAAAACAAGCUUAAAUGCAGCGGCUGAAACCCAUGGGAUGCCACAUAACGUUCAUAUGAUUCCUACAAGCAAACCAAGUCAUGCACCAAUUUCCUCAGGAGGUUUCCCUGUUUCUCCAUCUCUUUUUCAUGCAUCUACGGCAACUCCCGCACCUACACAGUAUCAGUUUCCCAACAAUGAUGUUAGAGCAUCCAUGGUGUCUAGUGGUUUUCCUAGCAGUCAUCUAGGAAGGGAUUCUUCUUCCCCAAAUGUGCCUAAAGUUGAAAGAGCACAGUUCAGAUCAGAUGGAGGACCAAAUGCAAAUGUGUCUUCUUAUGCAUUUCAAGUACAAGCAACUUCAUUUGCAAAUCAUCCACAUCCACCAGUGAAUGCUCCAGCUUGGUCAGUGCAAGCUCAAUCUGCUAAAAGUGGACCAGAACACAAGGUGCCAAACUAUACACCUGUCAAAGUUGACGGAAGUACUGGUAUCAGUAUGCAACAGAUGACUCCUGUAGCUGCGCGGAAUCAGAAUACUAAACCAUUUGUCUCUCAAUCAGCUUCUGGAAAUCUACCCGUUGUACAUCAGCCUUUGCAACAGAUGCACUUCGUUAAAACUCCCUCGCUUUCUAAUAAUCACAAUGAAAUUGCAAAAGUUAUUCAGAAAUUAUUACAACCACAGCUUCCUGAUCAUCCUCCAUGGAUUCCUCCAUCAAGGGAUUACAUGAGUAAGACUUUGACUUGCCAGAGUUGCCAGCUUACGAUCAAUGAGGUGGAUAAUGUUCUUAUUUGUGAUGCGUGUGAGAGAGGAUAUCACAUAAUGUGUGCACAGUCAUCUAACCAGAGAGGAAUUCCUAGAGGUGAGUGGCACUGCAUGAGAUGCCUGUCACUGAGCAAUGGAAAGCCUUUGCCUCCGAAGUAUGGACGUGUGAUGAGAAGUAAUAUACAAGUAAAAGUCCCUUCUAACACAGCUGGAGUUCAAACGUCCUCAGAGAAUAAACUGGAAAAUUUAGAUCCAAAGGUCAACCAGCCGAAGAUAGCUGCAAAUGGAAGUUCUGUUUUGCAGAAUACUGCUGGUAUAGGUGGUGGGGGCAGCAAUCACAUUGAGUCAGCACCAGAUCUAAGGAUUUUAACUGCAAAAGAAUCUCAACGGAAGAAUCUCGUAUCAAGCAGUAAAAAUAUGGAUGAGAAACCUCUUUCUGGAAGUUACCCGUUAAGUGAAAGAUCUGAGGAGAAAUGUUCUGAAUCAAAAUCAGACCCUCCUUCUGAACCAAAAGAAACUACUGAAUCAUCUAGAGUUGAAGAUUCUGAAUCAAUUGCAGAAUCUCCUGCUGAGUCAAAAGUGGAGCAUCCUGCUGAAUCAAAAGCGGAGCAUCCUGCUGAAUCAAAAGUAGAGCCUCCUCUUGAACCAAAAGAAACUACUGAAUCAUCUGGAGUUGAAGAGAGACCUUCUGAAUCAAAAGCAGAACCUGCUGCUGAAUCAAAAGCGGAGUGCCCUGCUGAAUCAAAAGCGGAGCCUCCUGCUGAACCAAAAGAAACUACUGGAUCAUUUAGUGUUGAAGAGAUACCUGGAUCAAAAGCAGAACCUCCUUCUGAAUCAAAAGUGGAGCUUCCUGCUGAAUCAAAAACAGAUCCUCUUGCUGAACCAAAAGAAACUACUGAAUCAUCUAGAGUUGAAGAGAGACCUUCUGAUUCAAAAGCAGAGCGUCCUGUUGAACCAAAAGAAACUACUGAAUCAUCUAGAGUUGAAGAGAUACAUUUUGAAUCAAAACCAGAAGCUUCUGCUGAAUUUUCCAACAAAGAUACUGAUAAGUCCAAUCAUUCCCAACCCCCUUCCAACACACAAGUUGUGGACGGUGCUGGGCUGCCCAACUCUUCAGAAGUUCCAUCAAUGAUAUUCCAUGACCAGAAUUCUGCAUUGGAAGACCCAGAUGCUUCUCACUCUGUAGGAAACUCUGGCUCCUCUUUGAGAUAUGACAUCAAACAAAAUGACCAAAGUGGCACAAGCAAAUACUUGUGAAAUUUCUGUAGUUAGUGGUAGGUCUCUAGAGCAUUUCGGUUUUUUUUCAGAUGGCUUGAAAGCUGUUAAAUGGAUUGGCGAUGCAGUUCAAGGUGGUGAUGAAAAAAUAUAUUAUCAUACUUGUUGCAUUGAUGGGGUAACUUAUCAACUGCGAGAUCAUGCCCUUUUCCAGUCUAGUCAUGGAAAAUUGAUACCCUCGAAGCUUCAGUCCAUGUGGGAGGAUAGAAAAACUGGGUCAAAGUGGGCUAUUGUCAACAGGUGCUACUUUCCUGGUGACUUACCAGAGAACGUUGGUCGCCCAUCUACACCUGAAAGCAAUGAGGUCUAUGAGUCUAAUCAUGAUAGCAAUGUAAUGGCUGGUUUGAUUCGUGGUCCUUGUGAAGUUCUUUCUCCUGCUAAGUUCAGUGUAGAAACUGAAAGACGGAGCCAGUUAGGACAUGAGGCAAAUAAUGAAUUACAACCACUCUUCCUGUGCAAAUGGAUUUAUGAUGAGUUUAAAGGGGUAUUGGAGCCUGUUCCCGAGUAAUCCACUUAUGCAUGUAUAUUUUUUUGGUGGUUAUUCUUCUUGGUUAUGGAAACUCGAACAUGCUCUCUUUGAUCAGGUAGCCUAGUGCAAAAAUAGGGGCAUGCUUGAGCUAAUCUGCAAGGGGAGUCUCAACAUUCAUGUAUUGUACAAUAUGUAGCUGUAGCCUUAGGAUGUAUUGUAGUCGCAAUAGCAAUUCAAGCUAUAAUCUUUCAGCCCCAAGCCCCUGCUUAGGUGCUUCAUUCUUGUUAUUGUUAUCGUGUUAGUAUUAUUAAUUAGAAAUGAACGUCUUUCUCCUCUGUUUUCUAGUAUCCUUUCGAUCUCAUUGACAAUAUCUCAUAUCUAGGACUGGCUCUACGGUUUCCCAUAAGGGCUCUCAGGUAUAUGAUACUGUCGGAUUCCGAGGGGUUGUCUAGUACUUCAGACUGUUGAAUUGCCUUUUCCUAUUUAUACCAUGUACGUUUGUUUGCCGGUGAAUUUGAAUUUUUUGUUUUGGAGAA